UCGACCAAACUGUAACGACCGGCCCGAGUUUGACGUGCAUGUCUCAUAAUAUAAGAAUUAUUUAGUGGUAUCUAGGUAUACAGUAUAAAACCACGCGUAUACCUACGCACGCCUCACGUGUGUAUAGACGGCGGCAUAAUAUCGAGAUUUAUAACCAGUUUGCAGCAGCUAGCCGGGUUCACUGGACACGGUAUUAGGUAGGUAGGUACUAGGUAGGUACGAACUAACCACGCGCGUGAUACCGGGUAACAACAUCGCGUGCAACAUUUUUAAGGUAAUAUUAUACAGCCGCCCAGCUACACGCAGUCGCAUCAUCAUCAGCCCGACGACCGGACGCAGUGGUUUUCAUCAUCUGACGACGGAGAGCGGUAUUGUUUUUUAAUGAUAAUAAUUUAUCGUAUCGUGCGUGUGAAUUUUCACUGAAACUGCCUAUCGUCUGGGAUCACGAUCUUCAUUUGUUGCGUCCUCUCGCUUCGGGUCCUACUACUGCUGUGGCUGCAUGGAACGAUUCCAACACCACCACCAAAAACCACAAUAAUAUCAAAAGCGUCACACAGCGAUGAACGGAGACGCGAAUAACGACGUACCGGCGACGAAGACAGAUCGUCUCGCGAUGGAACCGCCGAAGAGUGGCGGCGACAAGGAACCGCUGCGCCAAAUGCUGUUACGGAACAUAACCGUCGAACCGAUGUUGUUCCCGUACCUGAUAGCGUCUAUACUGGUCAUACUGGCCAACCAGAACCUCAACAUCCAGAAGGCGUGCCGGGUGGACCUGAAACUGAGUACGGAAGUGUGCGACGACCUGGAGAACAAGGACAAGAACUCCAGCAUGCUCACCGACAGCGAGAUCACCGUGCAGAAGCUGGUCGCGGAUAUGCUCAUCUGGCAGACGAUAUUGCAGAGCAGCGUGCCCGCCGUCUUCGUGCUGUUCCUGGGCUCGUGGAGCGACCGGAACCGUUUACGGCGGCCGUGCAUGCUGCUGCCCGUCUACGGAGAGGUGGUCAGGAACUUGGGCCUGCUGGUGUGCGUCUACUUCUUCGACGAACUGCCCAUGAACUUGACGGGCCUGUGGCAGUCGCUGCCGAUCGCGGUCACCGGUUACUGGACGGUCAUGUACAUGGCCGUGUUCUCGUACGUGGGCGACCACAGCACGGAACAAAAUAAAACCUUAAGAGUUGGUCUUGUAAACGCAACAAUGGCCUUAUGUCUUCCUAUAGGCACUGGUUUGUCAGGUAUAUUAUAUCGUGAACUUGGAUUCACAGGAGUAUACAUCAUAGCUUUGAUACUCUGUUGCAUCAGCAUUUGGAUGGCUCACAUUUUUGUUCACGAUACAAAACAAAUAAAAUUCAAUUCGGGUAAGAAAAACGAAAGGUCUUAUUGGAAUCGUAUCAAGUUCUUUUUCAGUUUGAAUCACAUAAUUGAUGCGUUCAAAGUGACAUUCAAAAAGGAAAAAAACAAUAGAAGAAUGAAAGUUAUCGCUCUGACGUUGCUCAUAACUGGAAUCAUGGGUCCAUUGCAAGGUGACAAAGGCGUUGCGUAUUUGUUUACUCGAGUCAAGUUUAAUUGGAAUGAAGUGCAAUUCAGCGUGUACUCAACCACCACGAUGUGCAUCAAUCUUGUGGGAACAUUUGUUGUUCUCGGGGUCGUGGUCAGGAAGUUUGGCGUAGACGACGCGUUGAUUGGUACUGUGGCCACUACUGGAAAAUUGAUAUCGCAAUUCAUAUUCGCAUUCGCCAAUAGUGUAGUCGUGUUCUAUUCAGGGGCGCUUGUGAACUGCUUACAAGGACCGGCCAUUAUUUCCAUGAAAUCGAUCGUAAACAAAAUAAUUCCGGCCCAAGAACUCGGCCAAGUGAGCGCAGUCACAGGCAUUGGGGAAAAUGUUAUACCCAUUUUGUGUGGUCCAUUGUAUAGCUACGUGUACGAAUCCACAGUGGACUUCUUCCCUAGCGCUUAUUUCUUAGUCACUGCGGCCAUAACGGUCCCGACCAUUUUUCUCUAUCUGUGGCUCUAUCUGCAGCACCGAAAGGAAACCAGAGAAUCGUACCAAGAAUUACCCCAAACGGAUAUUUUGAAAGACCCAAAUGGUACUAAAUAUGGUGCGAUAAAAUAAAAACAGUUGAUUGUAUUGCUUAUGGAUGGGGUGAAAAGUGUUGAGAGUCAUCAGUAAUAAUAACUAAUAAUAGUAAUUGGUAGGUACUUACCUAUCCGAGAUAAAUACUAUUCGUCAACGCGAUACGGCUGUUUUGUCAUUCCAUCCCUAUAACUCAACAAAAGUUCCUACCGAUCUGUUGACUGUAUAUAACAUCAUAAUAUAUAGGUACAAAUGUACACUUUAUUAAUAAUAUAAGUGCCAAGAUCGAGUAUUAUAACAUUAUUAUAUGUAAUUCAAUCAUGUCGAUUCGGUUAUAAUAUUCAGUGUCUUUUAACUGUAAUAUUUUUUGUAAAAUUACGGGGGCCUGUUAAUCUAAUAUGAUACCAUUGGUUAAGUACACAUAUUAUGUGAACUUAAUCAAUGAUAUUACCAUACAUGUUGGGGGUUCGUAAUAUAUCAUAUUAUAUACCUAUUCAUAUUUUUUAUCAAUGCGGGUACCUACCUAAACUAACAUGUACCUAUGGUUAAUGGUUGUAAAUAAUUAUUAUAGUGUGUCAUUUAAUGUAGUAAUCAUGAAGACUAGAAUAUUCUAGUCUUCAUGGUAGUAAUUUAAUAUAGCUGAUUGGUAUAUUUGUA